UAUUUUAUUUCCAUGUCUACUUUCCAACAAAACAAUAGCAACAACAUUAUUAGCAACAGCAUUAUUAGCAUCAACAUUGAUACUCAAAGGCCAUCUAGCCCCACUAGUUCUACAGGUCCAACAUUGUCUGAACCUAAAGUCAAGAGAAGAAGGUUGAUCAACUAUUUGAUAGGAGGCGGUCAAAAAUACUGGGGUGAAGGCGAGAAUUUGAUUGUAAAUGACAUGAAUGUCACAAGAAUCCUUAAGAAAUUCAGAUCACGAAACAUCAAGGAAGCAGAAGAAAAAGCACUUUUGAACGAUGUUAGAGUCUUGUCUCUCUCGUUCAUUUUCCCAGUCUGCAAUAACAGCAGCAGCACUGACGACAACAGAUGCAUCACAAGAUACUUUCCAAAGCAAGUAUCUAAUGCUUUGAAUGAAUGUGCACAAGGUGCCAAAGAAGCAACGAAGAAAGCCAAGGCAAGCGCAAUCAUGUAUUGCAAAGCUAUUGCUGAUGGAGAUGAAGACGAAGACGAAGGCAAAGAUGAAGAUCAAGACUCCAUGACAAAAGCAAUCAAGUCCUUGGCAAAGCAGCUCAAGAACAACCAGGCAAAUGUGCCAUAUACAUCCGAAACAUCGUUCAUGGAUAAAUACUUGAAGCCUAUCUGGACACAGGUGCUUACCUCUGGUCUAGAUAAAUCUUUUAUUUAUUCAACAACCCACGGAAGCCAUUACGGCAUAAAGCCUGACUUUAUGAUUGGUGUUGUUCAAAGAAAAAAUCCUUUGUAUUUUUUCUUUGUCGAAGUAAAAAGACCUGCCGAGACAAGCUGCUACCAAGAAGAGAGCGACUUUGUGAAGUUGUUGAAGGAGAUGAAGCACUCCAUAAACGACCAACUCGUUUUAGGGUUCAAUGAUCCCAUAUCAUAUGGUUUGUUGGUGGAGGGCUUCCGUUGCUCUCUUUUCAAAAUGUUUCUUGCAUCUGAAGGCAUUUAUAUGUCAGUAAUGUUGAAACGCUUUUUGUUGGUGGAGGAGACAAAUGACAUGAUUAAUUUGCCUUCAGUUGUAGAAGCAUUUGAUUUUGUCAAGGAAAAACUCAUGGUGCUGAAGGACGACUUGGAAGUACCAAAAAGCAAAAAACAAAAGAAGCAGCAAGGAAAGAAGGCUAGGCCUUCUUUCAAAACAAAGUUUGUAAAAUAAAAAUCCUUCUGUACACUUUUGCACUGUUACUCAUGAUCAUAAAGAAUUGUUACUGAAAAUAACCACAUUUACGUUAAGCAUAUUCCUCUCAAAGUAAAAAAGAAAAAAAGUUCGCUCCUUUUAAACAAAGACAAUCUUCAGCUGGUCUAGACUUACAGAUAAGAUUAUUGUUAUUGAAGGUGCUUAAUGUUUAGAUUUCUUUCUUUUUGAGGUAUUGACAAGAGUUGUAGUUUGAAUAUUCAAGCAAAUGAAC